UGUGGAAUAAGAACAUCAGCGGUCUGCGUUUAUGGUCUGUUGAAGAUUGGGAUGAAGAAGGAAAUGCAGGAAAUGGUCCAUCUCAGGGAUAAAACCCAUCUAGAUGCGUAUUGGCUGAAUGUGAAACCCCAAAUCUGUGUUGUUGAACGCCAAGAAUGACACGCAAAACCAGGGAGACGACGAAUUAAUUGAUUUAUCAGCAGGAAAAAGACUUGGUAUACACCGGAAUUUGAUGGUGCGGGGCAAGAAAGCAUCGAGAUAUCUGUUCUAGAGGCACUCGUCCAUAUGAUGGCAUUGACAGGAAGACCGAGUGGAUAUACAGGAGCGAAUUUCUUCUCAUAGAAGCUAGUGAAUGCAAAACUGCUCUUGGAUAGCUUGGAUAGCCCAGAGUACACGCUGAAGAACAUUUCAUUCGCAUCGCGAGUCAUUGCUUGAGAAUUGCGGAUGGAUUUUCGUGCUUUGGAAGCGAACGGAACGUCUGCGAUUUGAACCUCACAGAUUGAGAAAGGCGAAGCCAGCUAGAGAAACCGAGCGUGAAGAUGUCCAGAAACUGCUGGCACUGUGGAAGACUUGGCAGUUCGGCCUGAUAAAACCCUUCCCAAAGAGUGGAGAACCUGUCAGCGAAUUAUGAAUGAUAAACAAGAUGACCUCCUCCCUGAUGCAGCAGACGAUGAGAGGUCUUAGGUGGAACCGGGCCCUGUCCGACCCAUUGUUCGUGCUGUCGCUGGCCCUGCAGCUUCUGGUGGUGGCUGGCCUGGUGCGAGCGCAGACCUGCCCCUCCGUCUGCUCUUGUAGCAACCAGUUCAGCAAGGUCAUCUGUACGCGACGUGGCCUUCGAGAUGUACCCGAUGGUAUUUCCACCAACACAAGGUACCUGAACCUUCAGGAGAACCUCAUCCAGGUGAUCAAGGUUGACAGCUUCAAGCAUCUAAGGCACCUGGAGAUCCUUCAGCUCAGCAAGAACCACAUCCGCAACAUUGAAAUCGGAGCUUUCAAUGGGCUGGCUAACCUCAACACUCUGGAGCUCUUCGAUAAUCGUCUAACCACAAUCCCCAAUGGGGCUUUCGAGUACCUGUCCAAACUUAAAGAGCUUUGGUUGAGGAAUAAUCCUAUCGAGAGUAUACCCUCUUAUGCCUUCAACCGUGUACCAUCGCUGCGAAGGCUGGACUUGGGCGAGCUGAAAAGGCUCUCAUAUAUCUCAGAAGGUGCCUUUGAAGGCCUCAGCAACUUGCGGUACCUGAACCUGGGCAUGUGCAACUUAAAGGAGAUCCCCAACCUCAUUCCUCUUGUCCGUUUGGAUGAGUUGGAGAUGUCAGGAAACCAGCUCUCUAUAAUAAGGCCAGGGUCUUUCAAAGGCCUCGUCCACUUACAGAAACUGUGGAUGAUGCAUGCACAGAUCCAGACGAUUGAGAGAAAUGCCUUCGAUGAUCUUCAGUCCCUCGUGGAGCUCAAUUUGGCCCACAAUAACCUUACCCUCCUGCCUCAUGACCUCUUCACCCCACUACACCACUUGGAGAGAGUACACUUGCACCACAACCCCUGGAACUGCAACUGUGACAUCCUCUGGCUCAGUUGGUGGCUAAAGGAAAUGGUGCCGGCCAAUACCAGUUGCUGUGCACGCUGCGCGUCACCUGCCAGCCACAAAGGGCGCUACAUCGGCGAACUCGACCAGAACUAUUUCCAUUGUUAUGCACCGGUGAUUGUGGAGCCACCAGUGGACCUGAACGUGACUGAGGGCAUGGCAGCAGAACUGAAAUGUCGAGCGAAUUCUUUGACCUCAGUCAGCUGGAUCACGCCCAAUGGGUCCAUCAUGACGCACGGGGCGUACAAGGUGCGCAUUUCCGUGCUCAACGAUGGGACGCUAAACUUUACCAAUGUCACAAUGCAGGACAUGGGAACGUACACUUGUAUGGUGAGCAACUCCGCAGGCAACACGACAGCCUCGGCUACGCUCAAUGUGUCCUCGACAGAGAACAGCAGCUUCAGUUAUUUCACUACAGUUACCGUCGAGACCACAGAAGCGGCACAUGAUGUGGGCCACCCAACGGUUCAGCAGAAGGGCAGCCCUACUCCUUCUUCUGGGAUUUGGGAGACCUUACCACCUUCCUUUACCACCACGACCAUGACAGCACGGACACCACUGUCCACCAAGGCCACCGACAAGACCUACACCAUCCCAGUCACAGCCCUGAUUGAUGGCUCCCUCAACACCUUGGAUGAGGUCAUGAAGACCACAAAGAUCAUCAUUGGUUGCUUUGUGGCCAUCACCCUGAUGGCGGCCGUCAUGCUGAUCAUAUUUUAUAAAAUGCGCAAACAGCAUCACCAGCAGAACCAUCACGCACCGACGCGAACCAUCGAGAUCAUCAACGUAGACGAGGAUUGUGUAACGGGUGGACCUACCAUGGAGGGCCACCUCGCCCUCCCCCCACUGGAGCAUGAGCACCUGAAUCAUUACAACGCCUACAAGACUGCGUACAACCAUGCCUCCACCAUCAAUUCUAUACACAGCUCUGCCCACGAACCUUUGCUAAUUCGGGCCAGCUCAAAAGACAAUGUACAAGAAACCCAGAUUUGAACUGCUUUUCAUAAUGUGGAUUAAACAAAAAAAAAAAGACUUCUAAAACUCUUAAGGAACAGUAAGUGACAUAUCGAUUUUGAAGAUUGUCGAAACAAUGACACAGUAGACCGAUGCAAGACGUACGAGAAGGAUGUUGACAGGUAGAAAAGGACAUUGGGAGUUGAGUGUACGUCAACCGUUUCAAAAGUGUCUUUACAUAACAGAAGUUAUUUAUUUAAGGAAAAUAACUAUUGUGGUUUAAUCAAGAAAAGAUGUAAUCUGCAAUUAUUUUUCCAGCAAUUAUUUCUCCAUGUUUUUUUUAUGUUAUUUUAAGGGUUGUUGGUUUACUAAUAUGCUUUUAAACUCUGUUUAAAUCUAUUGUUCUGUACGUGAGGACCC